UCUCCACACUACAAGGUCAGUUACACGUGAGUCCAAUUUAGUUCAGGCGCUCCUUCUAGAAAACUCCACGGAUAUUUUCUACGCGUUUUACUCAACUUUUUGUAUAACUUGUGACUGAUUUGAACAUGCCGAGAGGAAGCCGUAGCCGUCCUUCUGUCCCUGCUCCUGCGAGCCCUCCUCCGUCUCACCACACACCAGCCCCUUCUCAUCCCCCUACCUCCUCCCUGGCUCCAGCUCCAGCUUCGUCCCAGGGCCCCGGUCUCAUGGCCCAAAUGGCAACCACUGCUGCUGGGGUCGCAGUUGGGUCCGCCGUGGGGCACGUGAUGGGAAGUGCCAUCACUGGAGCCUUCAGCGGAGGCAGCAGCAGCAGCAGCACUACCACUGAGCCAGCCCGACCAACAUACCAGGAGCCACCACGGCCGGCCCCUGCUCAACCUGGGCCCUGCCACUUUGAGGUGAAGCAGUUUUUGGACUGUGCCACAACUCAGAGCGACCUGAGUCUGUGCGAAGGCUUCAGCGAGGCACUCAAACAGUGCAAGUUCUCUUACGGUGUGACUUCUUUGGUUUGAUGCCCACAUGAUUGGAUCAUCAACUGUCUCUAUUGAAACUCAUUAUCGUCCCUUCAUCUUUACUGUUGGCAGAUCAGAGCUGGCCUUUAGUCACAUAUGUUCUGUGGAUCAGAAACCUACAGGCUGGUGCACAGAGACUUUGGGUUUGAAGACUGUGAAAUGUAAUGAGUAUUUUCUUAAUGUACAAAAUAAAUUAUUAUCAAAAUGUAUGUAUUUAUAAAUAUAAUUAAUAGAAAAUGCUUAAAGGUGCACAAUGUAACUUUUCUGGUGGAGAGUCUGCCACCUGCUUGUGCUUUGCCUAGAAAACAUCCUAAAAGUUGCACUUAUGUCUAUGGAGACAAGGUGGCACAACCAGGGCAAGUUACAGCUCAGAUCCUUGGAGAGGUGACCUCGCUCAAUUAUUUUGCA